AUGGCACCAUCCCUCGCCCGGCUGGCCGGCCACAGCGCCAAACGCCUCUGUCUGCGACCCGCCCUUCCACUACCGCGAGCUUCACGGGCAUUCUCUUCUGUCCCCUCUCGAAAAUAUGCCGAGCCAUACGAAGGCACGAGGCUAGUUCCCACUGACGAGACGUUUUCGCAAGCGGAUACCCAUGAUGCCAGCAAUACUACGCGUGGGGGUGAGGGUAUGGAGCACAGGAAGAUCAGACAUUACACCGUCAACUUUGGGCCUCAGCAUCCUGCUGCCCACGGUGUGUUGCGCUUGAUUCUGGAGCUCAAUGGAGAGGAGAUUGUGCGAUCGGAUCCCCACGUCGGGUUAUUGCAUCGUGGUACGGAGAAAUUGAUCGAAUAUAAGACAUACCUCCAGGCGCUGCCGUAUUUUGAUCGAUUAGAUUAUGUCUCUAUGAUGACCAAUGAGCAAUGCUACUCAUUGGCCGUGGAAAAGCUACUGAACGUUGAGAUUCCGGAGAGGGCUAAGUGGAUCAGGACACUAUUUGGAGAGAUUACCAGAAUAUUGAACCAUUUGAUGUCUGUCCUGUCCCAUGCAAUGGAUGUUGGGGCACUUACACCUUUCUUGUGGGGAUUUGAGGAGCGUGAAAAGCUUAUGGAAUUCUAUGAACGCGUUUCAGGUGCCCGGCUCCACGCAGCCUAUGUACGUCCCGGUGGUGUAUCCCAAGACCUCCCUGUUGGCCUUCUGGAUGAUAUCUAUCAAUGGGCUACCCAAUUUGGAGAUCGUAUCGACGAGACCGAAGAACUUUUGACGGAUAACCGUAUCUGGAUCGGACGAACGAAGGGGAUUGGAGUUGUUUCUGCCGCUGAAGCUUUGAACUACUCAUUCACUGGUGUUAUGCUUCGAGGAUCGGGUGUACCGUGGGAUAUUCGCAAGAGCCAGCCUUAUGAUGCUUAUGAUCAGGUUGAAUUUGACGUUCCGGUUGGUGUUAAUGGCGACUGCUAUGACAGGUACCUAUGCCGGAUGGAAGAAUUCAGGCAAUCGCUUCGUAUCAUCCAUCAAUGCCUGAACAAGAUGCCUCGUGGACCGGUCCGGGUUGAGGACUAUAAGAUUUCCCCACCCCCUCGAGCAGCGAUGAAGGAGAAUAUGGAGGCAUUGAUCCAUCAUUUCUUGCUGUUCACGAAGGGCUAUACUGUUCCCCCUGGAGAGACAUACUCAGCUAUUGAGGCACCAAAGGGAGAGAUGGGUGUGUACCUGGUGAGCGACGGAAGCGAAAGACCAUACAGAUGCAAAAUCCGAGCACCGGGAUUUGCACAUCUGUCAGGGUUCGAUCAGAUUUCCAGAGGCCAUUUAUUGGCGGAUGCGGUUGCCAUCAUCGGUACGAUGGAUUUGGUUUUUGGUGAAGUAGAUCGAUAA